AUGGGCUUCAGCCGGGGGAUGCUGGCCCUGUUUUGGGCCAUGGCCUGUGCCCAGAACUCAGGCUGGGCUCAGGAGGGCUCCCCAAAACUCAGCCGUGAGAUCUCCCCCAACCUCUCUCCCCAGCGAGGGCACAGCGGUCACUCGCUCCCCAGGGUGACUGUCAUCCCUCCUCUGAUCACCAUCCCCGUGCGCGCCCUGAACCCCGCGCACACGGGCCGCGUCUGCAGCACCUGGGGCGACUUCCACUACAAGACCUUCGACGGCGCCGUCUUCCGCUUCCCCGGCCUCUGCAACUACGUGUUCUCCUCGCACUGCGGCGCUGCCUACGAGGACUUCAACGUGCAGCUGCGCCGCGGGCGCACAUCCAAUGGCACCUUGCCAAGCAGGGUCAUCAUGAAGCUCAAUGGCAUGGUCGUUGAGCUGACCCGGGACUCUGUCCUGGUCAAUGGCCACCCGGUCCAGCUGCCCUUCAGCCAGGCCGGGGUCCUCAUAGAGCACAGCAGUGGCUACCUGAAAGUGGUGGCCAGGCUGGGCCUGGUGUUCGUGUGGAACCUGGAUGGCAGCCUCACGCUGGAACUGGACACCAGAUAUGUCAACAAGACCUGUGGGCUCUGCGGAGACUUCAACGGCAUUGCUGAGGCCAGCGAGUUCCUGUCCCCCAAUGCCAGGCUGACCCCUCUGGAGUUUGGGAACCUGCAGAAGAUGGAUGGCCCCACGGAGCAGUGCCAGGACCCCAGCCCUGCACCCCAGAACUGCUCCAACAGCACUGGCAUCUGUGAAGAGCUGCUGAGCAGCCAGCUGUUUGCAGGCUGUGCAGCCCUGGUGAAUGUCAGCAGCUACAUUGAGGCCUGCUGGCAGGACCUCUGCCACUGCGAGAGUGCCCACCUUCACGACUGCCUCUGCCACACCCUUGCUGAGUUCUCCAGGCAGUGUGCCCACGCUGGCGGGCAGCCCCCAGACUGGCGGAGUCCGAACCUCUGCGCCCCGAUGUGCUCGUCUGGCAUGCGGCACCAGGAGUGCGGCUCACCCUGCACCGACACCUGCUCCAACCCCCAGCGCUCCCAGCUGUGCGAGGAGCACUGUGUGGCUGGCUGCUUCUGCCCUGGGGGGACGGUGCUGGAUGAUGUGCGCCACACGGGCUGUGUCCCCGUAUCCCAGUGUGCCUGCGUGUACAAUGGGACCCCCUACGCGCCCGGGGCCAACUAUUCCACAGACUGUGCAGAGUGCACCUGCGUUGGAGGUCACUGGAGCUGCCGAGAGCUGCCGUGCCCAGGCACCUGCUCUGUGCUGGGUGGCGCCCACUUCUCCACGUUCGAUGAGAAGCAGUACACUGUGCACGGCGACUGCAGCUACGUGUUGACCAAGCUCUGUGACAGCAGCGCCUUUGCUGUGCUGGCUGAGCUGCGCCGGUGUGGGCUGACCGACAGCGAGACCUGCCUGAAGAGUGUGACACUGAGCCUGGGUGGGGGACAGACGGUGGUGGUGGUGAAGACCAGCGGGGAGGUGUUCGUGAACCAGAUCUACACCCAGCUGCCAGUCUCUGCAGCUAAUGUCACCAUCCUGAAACCGUCAACUUUCUUCAUCAUUGUGGAGACCAAGCUGGGGCUGCAGCUGCAUGUGCAGCUGGUGCCCACCAUGCAGCUGUUCGUGAGGCUGGCACCUGAGCUCCAGGGACAGACCUGCGGUCUCUGUGGGAACUUCAACCACAACCAGGCCGACGACUUCCGGACCAUCAGUGGGGUGGUAGAGGGCACGGGCACUGCCUUUGCCAACACCUGGAAGACCCAGGCCUCCUGCCCCAAUGCCAAGACCAGCUUCGAGGACCCCUGCUCACUCAGUGUGGAGAACGAGAAGUAUGCCCAGCACUGGUGCUCGCUGCUGACAGAUGUUAACAGCCCCUUUGCCCAGUGCCAUGCCGCCGUGAGCCCCAGCUCCUACCACUCGAACUGCGUGUUCGACACGUGCAACUGCGAGAGGAGUGAGGACUGCCUGUGCGCCGCGCUGUCCUCCUACGUGCACGCCUGCGCCGCCAAGGGUGUGCUGCUCCGCGGCUGGCGGGACGGCGUCUGCAUGAAGCCCACGACCACUUGCCCCAAGUCGAUGGCUUACCAGGAGCACCUUGGCACCUGCCAGCCCACCUGCCGCAGCCUGAGCGAGGCCGACGUCACCUGUGGAGUGUCCUUCGUGCCUGUGGACGGCUGUACCUGCCCUGCUGGCACCUUCCUGGAUGAGGCGGGUGCCUGUGUGCCGGCCCACGAGUGUCCCUGCUACCAUGGGGGCUCCAUGGUCCCCAACGGCGAAUCCAUACAUGACAGUGGGGCUCUCUGCACCUGCACACGGGGUGUGCUGACCUGUAUCGGAGGCUCCGCACCCAGCCCAGUGUGUGACACUCCCAUGGUGUACUUCGAUUGCCGCAACACCACACUGGUGGCCACUGGGGCCGGCUGCCAGAAGAGCUGCCACACCCUGGACAUGGCCUGCUACAGCACCCAGUGCGUCUCUGGCUGCAUUUGUCCCCCGGGGCUGGUGGCGGACGGUGAUGGAGGCUGUGUGGCAGAGGAGGACUGUCCCUGCGUGCACAACGAGGCCAGCUACCGGUCUGGGGAGACCAUUCUUGACGGCUGCAACACCUGUACCUGUGAGAACCGGAUGUGGCAGUGCACGGAGGAGCCCUGUCUGGCCACCUGCGCAGUCUAUGGGGAUGGCCACUUCCUUACCUUCGAUGGGCAGCGCUAUACCUUCAACGGGGCCUGCGAGUACACCCUGGUGCAGGACCAGUGUGGUGGGAACAGCAGUGCCCUGGACACCUUCCGCGUGGUCACCGAGAAUGUCCCCUGUGGCACCACGGGGACCACCUGCUCCAAGGACAUCAAGAUCUUCCUGGGGAGCUCCGAGCUGAAGUUGAGCAGCGGUAAGGUAGAGGUGGUCCAGAUGGGUGCCAGGCAGGAGCCUCCCUACACCGUACGCCAGAUGGGCAUCUACCUGGCGGUGGACACCGACACUGGCCUUGAGCUGCUCUGGGACCGGAAAACCAGUCUGUUCCUCAGGCUCAGCCCCAAGUUCAAGGGCAGGGUCUGUGGCCUGUGCGGGAACUUCGAUGGCAACGCCAUCAACGACCUGACCACGCGCAGCCAGGCCGUGGUGAGCGACGCGCUGGAGUUCGGGAACAGCUGGAAGUUCUCCCCCACCUGCCCGGAUGCCCCAGCACCCAAGGACCCCUGCACGGCCAACCCGUACCGCAAAGGCUGGGCCCAGAGGCAAUGUAGCAUCAUCAACAGCGCCAUCUUUGCUGCCUGCCAUGCCCACGUGGAGCCAGCCAAGUACUACGAGGCCUGUGUGAGUGACGCAUGUGCCUGUGACUCGGGGGGUGACUGUGAGUGCUUCUGCACUGCUGUGGCUGCCUACGCCCAGACCUGCCACGAGGUGGGGGUGUGCGUGUCCUGGAGGACGCCUGACAUCUGCCCUCUAUUCUGCGAUUACUACAACCUCCCUGGGGAGUGCGAGUGGCACUAUGAGCCGUGCGGUGCACCCUGCCUGCGUACGUGCCGGAACCCCAGCGGCCGCUGCCUGCAGGACCUUCGGGGCCUGGAAGGCUGCUACCCCAAGUGCCCCCUGGGGGCCCCCAUCUUCGACGAGGACAAGAUGCAGUGCGUGGCCGAGUGCCUAAACCCUACCCCUGUGCCACAUUGCCACAUCCAAGGGAAGUCGUACCGGGUGGGUGCGAUGGUGCCAUCUGGGGAGAACUGCCACUCCUGCAUCUGCACUGAGAGUGGUGUGCACUGCAGCUACGACACUGAGGCCUGCUUCUGCACCUACAAUGGGCAGCGCUUCUGGCCAGGGGCUGAGAUCUAUCACACAACGGAUGGCAUGGAUGGAUGCCUCUCUGCAAGCUGCGGGGUCAAUGGCACCAUCGAGAGGAGGGUCUACUCCUGCAGCUCCCGCAGCACCGCACCACCCACCACCUUCAUCUUCUCCACGGCACCCGUGGCCAAGAGCUCGACGCACUCUGAGAGCACACAGCCCAGCCCCACCAGGAGCACAGCACACUCAAGCCCCCAGAGCAGCACCAUGCCCUCUGCUACCCACACGUCUGCUGGGGAGACGCUGGUUGUGGCCUCCACUGACUGUGGAAAGGAGUGUGUGUGGUCCCCAUGGCUGGACAUCAGCCGCCCAGGACGUGGCAUUGAUAGCGGGGACUUUGAUACACUGGAGAACCUCCGUGCCCAUGGACACGAGCUGUGCCAAGUGCCCAUGGAGGUGCAGUGCCGGGCAGAGGACGUCCCUGAGGUGCCCCUUAGUGUCCUGGGGCAGCGUGUGGAGUGUAGUCCCACUGUGGGGCUGACCUGCCACAACCGGGACCAGAUGUCGGGGCUCUGUGACAACUACCAGGUCCGGGUCCUGUGCUGCCACCCUGUGCCCUGCUCUGUCUCAUCUGGACCCACAGCCCCCUCCUCGGCCCUUGUCACAAUCACGGGCCCAGCCACCAUCCCCAGGGCCAGCAGUGCACCUGCCCCAGGGAGCCCCACACCAGAGAGAGCCAUGCCCUCCACCUCCAGCAUGAAAGCAGAGCCAACCACCUUGUCCUGUUCAAAGCAGUGCAGCUGGACUGAGUGGAUUGACAGCAGCUAUCCUGCACCUGGCAGAGACAGCGGAGACUUUGACACCUUGGUUGAACUUCGUGGGCAUGGAUACAAAUUCUGUGAACGGCCCCAGAGUGUGGAGUGCCGGGCCCAGUUCUUCCCCAACACACCACUGGCUGAGCUUGGGCAGAAGGUGACCUGCAACCCCGAGGUGGGGCUGCUCUGCCUGAACCGGGAGCAGCUGCCGCCCAUCUGCUACAACUACCAGAUACGAAUAGAGUGCUGUGAGGUGCCACACUCCUGCAAGAUGACAGCCAGCACAUCUGAAACCUCGGCCACCCCUCAGGGCCAUGAGUACCAGGCCAGCACCUCGACACAGGCUGUCCAGACCCCGGGGACACACACUGUCACCCUGCCUGGGACCACAGGCUGCCAGCCCCAGUGCACCUGGACCCCCUGGCUAGAUGUGGACUCACCUGAGCCUGGGCCCCAUGGUGGGGACCUGGAGACGUACAGCCACAUCCUUCAGAGGGGACACAGCAUCUGCCGCCAGCCUGAGGAGGUCACAAGGCUGCAGUGCCGUGCCCAGGGCCACCCUGAGGUCCCCAUCACCAUCUUGGGCCAGGUGGUACAGUGCGACAUAGAGGUGGGCCUGGUGUGUCACAACAGUGACCAGCAAGGGCCCGAGGGGCUGUGCCUGGACUACGAGCUCGACCCCCUCAACCACAGUAACAACCAGCUCGACACCCUCAAUCACCACAGGAACGAGUUCGACCCCCAAAACCACAACAGGAACCAGCUCGAACCUGUCAACCACAACAGGAACCAGCUCAGCCCCCUCAACCACCACAAGAACCAGCUCAACCCCCAAAACCACAACAGGAAUCAGUUCGACCCCCUCAACUAUGACAAAAACCAGCUCGACCCCCUCAACCACCACAGGAACCACCGCCCAGGACGUGGCAUUGAUAGCGGGGACUUUGAUACACUGGAGAACCUCCGUGCCCAUGGACACGAGCUGUGCCAAGUGCCCAUGGAGGUGCAGUGCCGGGCAGAGGACGUCCCUGAGGUGCCCCUUAGUGUCCUGGGGCAGCGUGUGGAGUGUAGUCCCACUGUGGGGCUGACCUGCCACAACCGGGACCAGAUGUCGGGGCUCUGUGACAACUACCAGGUCCGGGUCCUGUGCUGCCACCCUGUGCCCUGCUCUGUCUCAUCUGGACCCACAGCCCCCUCCUCGGCCCUUGUCACAAUCACGGGCCCAGCCACCAUCCCCAGGGCCAGCAGUGCACCUGCCCCAGGGAGCCCCACACCAGAGAGAGCCAUGCCCUCCACCUCCAGCAUGAAAGCAGAGCCAACCACCUUGUCCUGUUCAAAGCAGUGCAGCUGGACUGAGUGGAUUGACAGCAGCUAUCCUGCACCUGGCAGAGACAGCGGAGACUUUGACACCUUGGUUGAACUUCGUGGGCAUGGAUACAAAUUCUGUGAACGGCCCCAGAGUGUGGAGUGCCGGGCCCAGUUCUUCCCCAACACACCACUGGCUGAGCUUGGGCAGAAGGUGACCUGCAACCCCGAGGUGGGGCUGCUCUGCCUGAACCGGGAGCAGCUGCCGCCCAUCUGCUACAACUACCAGAUACGAAUAGAGUGCUGUGAGGUGCCACACUCCUGCAAGAUGACAGCCAGCACAUCUGAAACCUCGGCCACCCCUCAGGGCCAUGAGUACCAGGCCAGCACCUCGACACAGGCUGUCCAGACCCCGGGGACACACACUGUCACCCUGCCUGGGACCACAGGCUGCCAGCCCCAGUGCACCUGGACCCCCUGGCUAGAUGUGGACUCACCUGAGCCUGGGCCCCAUGGUGGGGACCUGGAGACGUACAGCCACAUCCUUCAGAGGGGACACAGCAUCUGCCGCCAGCCUGAGGAGGUCACAAGGCUGCAGUGCCGUGCCCAGGGCCACCCUGAGGUCCCCAUCACCAUCUUGGGCCAGGUGGUACAGUGCGACAUAGAGGUGGGCCUGGUGUGUCACAACAGUGACCAGCAAGGGCCCGAGGGGCUGUGCCUGGACUACGAGCUUGACCCCUACAACCACAACAAGAACCAGCUCGACCCCCUUAACCAUUACAGGAACCAGCUCGACUCCCUCAACCACCACAGGAACCAGUUCGACCCCCUCAACCAUGACCACAACCAGCUUGACCCCUACAACCACAACAAGAACCAGCUCGACCCCCUUAACCAUUACAGGAACCAGCUCGACUCCCUCAACCACCACAGGAACCAGUUCGACCCCCUCAACCAUGACCACAACCAGCUUGACCCCUACAACCACAACAAGAACCAGCUCGACCCCCUUAACCAUUACAGGAACCAGCUCGACUCCCUCAACCACCACAGGAACCAGUUCGACCCCCUCAACCAUGACCACAACCAGCUUGACCCCUACAACCACAACAAGAACCAGCUCGACCCCCUUAACCAUUACAGGAACCAGCUCGACUCCCUCAACCACCACAGGAACCAGUUCGACCCCCUCAACCAUGACCACAACCAGCUUGACCCCUACAACCACAACAAGAACCAGCUCGACCCCCUUAACCAUUACAGGAACCAGCUCGACUCCCUCAACCACCACAGGAACCAGUUCGACCCCCUCAACCAUGACCACAACCAGCUUGACCCCUACAACCACAACAAGAACCAGCUCGACCCCCUUAACCAUUACAGGAACCAGCUCGACUCCCUCAACCACCACAGGAACCAGUUCGACCCCCUCAACCAUGACCACAACCAGCUUGACCCCUACAACCACAACAAGAACCAGCUCGACCCCCUUAACCAUUACAGGAACCAGCUCGACUCCCUCAACCACCACAGGAACCAGUUCGACCCCCUCAACCAUGACCACAACCAGCUUGACCCCUACAACCACAACAAGAACCAGCUCGACCCCCUUAACCAUUACAGGAACCAGCUCGACUCCCUCAACCACCACAGGAACCAGUUCGACCCCCUCAACCAUGACCACAACCAGCUUGACCCCUACAACCACAACAAGAACCAGCUCGACCCCCUUAACCAUUACAGGAACCAGCUCGACUCCCUCAACCACCACAGGAACCAGUUCGACCCCCUCAACCAUGACCACAACCAGCUUGACCCCUACAACCACAACAAGAACCAGCUCGACCCCCUUAACCAUUACAGGAACCAGCUCGACUCCCUCAACCACCACAGGAACCAGUUCGACCCCCUCAACCAUGACCACAACCAGCUUGACCCCUACAACCACAACAAGAACCAGCUCGACCCCCUUAACCAUUACAGGAACCAGCUCGACUCCCUCAACCACCACAGGAACCACUCAACCCCCUCAACAACGACAACAACCACCUCAACUCCCUCAACCACCACAGGAACCAGCUCAACCCCAAAAACCGCAACAGGAACCAGUUCGACCCCCUCAACCAUGACAAAAACCAGGUCAACCCCCUCAACCACCACAAGAACCAGUUCCACCCCAGAAACCACUACAGGAACCAGCUUCACCCCUUCAACCACGACAACAACCAGCUCAACCCCCUCAACAACAACAGGAACCAGCUCGACCCCAUCAACCAUUACAGAAACCAGCUUGAUGCCCUCAACCACAGCAACAACUAGCUCGACCCCCGCAACCACCACAGGAACCAGUUCGACCCCAAAAACCACAACAGGAACCAGCUCAACCCCCUCAACCGUGACAACAACCAGCUCGACUCCCUCAACCACCACAGGAACCAGCUCGACCCCCUCAACCACCACAGGAACCAGCUUGACCCCCUUAACCACAACAACAACCAGCUCAACCCCCUCAACAACGACAGGAACCAGCUCGACCCCAUCAACCACGACAGAAACGAGCUCAACACCCUCAACAACGACAACAACAACCUCAACUCCCUCAACCACCACAGGAACCAGCUCAACCCCAAAAACCACAAAAGGAACCAGCUCGAUCCCCAAAACUACAACAGGAACCAGUUCAACCCCCUCAACCACAGCAACAACCAGAUCAACCCCCACAAUCACGAAAACAACCAGCUCAACCCCCUCAACCACGACAGGAACCAGCUCGACCCCCUCAACCACAACAGGAACCAGCUUGACCCCCUCAACCACAACCACAACCAGCUCAACAGCCUCAACCACGAAAGGAAUCAGUUCGACCCCCUCAACCACAGCAACAACCACCUCGACCCCUACAACGAUGACAGGAACCAGCUCGACACUCACAACCAUGACAACAACCAGUUCGACCCCCUCAACAACAACAGGAACCAGCUCGACCCCCUCAGGAACCAGCUCGACCCCCUCAACCACGACAGAAACCAGCUCAACACCCUCAACAACCACAACAACCACCUCAACUCCCUCAACCAGCCCAGGAACCAGCUCAGCCCCCUCAACCAUGACAACAACCAGCUCAACCUCCUCAACCACAACAGUAACCAGCUCGACCCCCUCAACCACAGCAACAACCAGCUCAACCUCCUCAACCACAACAGUAACCAGCUCGACCCCCUCAACCACGACAGGAACCAGCUCGCCCCCCUCAACCACGACAGGAACCAGCUCGCCCCCCUCAACCACGACAGGAACCAGCUCAACCCCCUCAACCAGCCCAGGAACCAGCUCAGCCCCCUCAACCAAGACAGGAACCAGCUCGACCCCCUCAACCACGAUAACAACCACCUCCACUCCCUCAAUCACCACAGGAACCAGCUCAACCCCAAAAACCACAACAGGAACCAGCUCGAUCCCCAAAACCACGACAGGAACCAGCUCGACCCCCUCAACCACCACAGGAACGAGCUCGACCCCCUCAACUACCACAGGAACCAGCUCGACCCCCUUAACCACAACAACAACCAGCUCAACCCCCUCAACAACAACAGGAACCAGCUCGACCCCAUCAACCACGACAGAAACCAGCACAACCAGCUCAACUCCCACAACCACGAAAACAGCCAGCUCAACCCCCUCAACCACGACAGGAACCAGCUCAACCCCCUCAACCACAGCAACAACGAGCUCGACCACCUCAAUCACCACAGGAACCAGUUCGACCCCAAAAAUCACAACAGGAGCCAGCUCAACCCCCUCAACCAUGACAAAAACCAGCUCGGCCCCCUCAACCACGACAACAGCCAGUUCGACCCCCUCAACCACCACAAGAACCAGUUCCACCCCAGAAACCACAACAGGAACCAGCUUGACCCCUUCAACCAUGACAACAACCAGCUCAACCCCCUCAACAACAACAGGAACCAGCUCGACCCCAUCAACCAUGACAGGAACCAGCUCAACCCACUCAACAACGACAACAACCAGCUCAACCCCCUCAACAACGACAGGAACCAGCUCGACCCCAUCAACCAUUACAGGAACCAGCUCGACACCCUCAACCACGACAACAACUAGCUCGACCCCCGCAACCACCACAGGAACCAGUUUGACCCCCUCAACCACGACAGGAACCAGCUCGACUCCCAAAACAACAACAGGAACCAGCUCAACCCCCUCAACCACAACAGGAACCAGCUCGACCCCCUCAACCACGACAACAACCACCUCCACUCCCUCAACCACCACAGGAACCAGCUCAACCCCAAAAACCACAACAGGAACCAGCUCAAUCCCCUCAACAACGACAGGAACCAGCUCGACCCCCUCAACCACGACAACAACCACCUCCACUCCCUCAACCACCACAGGAACCAGCUCAACCCCAAAAACCACAACAGGAACCAGCUCAAUCCCCUCAACAACGACAGGAACCAGCUCGACCCCCUCAACCACGACAACAACCACCUCCACUCCCUCAACCACCACAGGAACCAGCUCAACCCCAAAAACCACAACAGGAACCAGCUCAAUCCCCUCAACAACGACAGGAACCAGCUCGACCCCCUCAACCACGACAACAACCACCUCCACUCCCUCAACCACCACAGGAACCAGCUCAACCCCAAAAACCACAACAGGAACCAGCUCAAUCCCCUCAACAACGACAGGAACCAGCUCGACCCCCUCAACCACGACAACAACCACCUCCACUCCCUCAACCACCACAGGAACCAGCUCAACCCCAAAAACCACAACAGGAACCAGCUCAAUCCCCUCAACAACGACAGGAACCAGCUCGACCCCCUCAACCACGACAACAACCACCUCCACUCCCUCAACCACCACAGGAACCAGCUCAACCCCAAAAACCACAACAGGAACCAGCUCAAUCCCCUCAACAACGACAGGAACCAGCUCGACCCCCUCAACCACGACAACAACCACCUCCACUCCCUCAACCACCACAGGAACCAGCUCAACCCCAAAAACCACAACAGGAACCAGCUCAAUCCCCUCAACAACGACAGGAACCAGCUCGACCCCCUCAACCACGACAACAACCACCUCCACUCCCUCAACCACCACAGGAACCAGCUCAACCCCAAAAACCACAACAGGAACCAGCUCAAUCCCCUCAACAACGACAGGAACCAGCUCGACCCCCUCAACCACGACAACAACCACCUCCACUCCCUCAACCACCACAGGAACCAGCUCAACCCCAAAAACCACAACAGGAACCAGCUCAAUCCCCUCAACAACGACAGGAACCAGCUCGACCCCCUCAACCACGACAACAACCACCUCCACUCCCUCAACCACCACAGGAACCAGCUCAACCCCAAAAACCACAACAGGAACCAGCUCAAUCCCCUCAACAACGACAGGAACCAGCUCGACCCCCUCAACCACGACAACAACCACCUCCACUCCCUCAACCACCACAGGAACCAGCUCAACCCCAAAAACCACAACAGGAACCAGCUCAAUCCCCUCAACAACGACAGGAACCAGCUCGACCCCCUCAACCACGACAACAACCACCUCCACUCCCUCAACCACCACAGGAACCAGCUCAACCCCAAAAACCACAACAGGAACCAGCUCAAUCCCCUCAACAACGACAGGAACCAGCUCGACCCCAUCAACCACGACAGAAACCAGCUCAACACCCUCAACAACGACAACAACCACCUCAACUCCCUCAACCACCACAGAAACCAUCUCAACCCCAAAAACCACAACAGGAACCAGCUUGAUCCCCAAAACCACGACAGGAACCAGUUCAACCCCCUCAACCACAGCAACAACCACCUCAACCCCCACAACCACGAAAACAACCAGCUCAACCCCCUCAACCACCACAGGAACCAGCGCGACCCCAUCAACCUUGUCAGGAACCAGCUCAAUCCCCUCAACAACAACAACAACCAGCUCGACCCCCUCAACCACAACAGGAACCAGCUCAACCUCCUCAACCACAACAGUAACCAGCUCGACCCCCUCAACAACAGCAACAACCAGCUCAACCCCCACAACCACCACAGGAACCACCUCAACUCCCUCAACAACGACAGAAACCACCUCAACCCCCUCAACAAUGACAGGAACCAGCUCGACCCCAUCAACCACGACAGAAACCAGCUCAACACCCUCAACAACCACAACAACCACCUCAACUCCCUCAACCAGCACAGGAACCAGCUCAGCCCCCUCAACCAUGACAACAACCAGCUCGACUCCCUCAACCACCACAGGAACCAGCUUGACCCACUCAACCAGGACAACAACCAGCUCAACCUCCUCAACCACAACAGUAACCAGCUCGACCCCCUCAACCACAGCAACAACCAGCUCGACCCCCGCAACCACCACAGGAACCACAUCAACCCCCUCAACAACGACAGAAACCACCUCAACCCCCUCAACAACGACAGGAACCAGCUCGACCCCAUCAACCACGACAGAAACCAGCUCAACACCCUCAACAACCACAACAACCACCUCAACGAACCAGUUCGACCCCCAAAAUCACAAUAGGAACCAGCUCGACCCCCUUAACCAUUACAGGAACCAGCUCGACCCCAUCAACCUUGUCAGGAACAAGCUCAAUCCCCUCAACAACAACAAAAACCAGCUCGACCCCCUCAAUCACAACAGGAACCAGCUCGACCCCCUUAACCAUUACAGGAACCAGCUCGACCCCAUCAACCUUGUCAGGAACAAGCUCAAUCCCCUCAACAACAACAAAAACCAGCUCGACCCCCUCAAUCACAACAGGAACCAGCUCAACCUCCUCAACCACAACAGUAACAAGCUCGACCCCCUCAACCACAGCAACAACCAGCUCGACCCCCGAACCACCUCAACCCCUUCAACACUGACAGAAACCACCUCAACCCCCUCAACAACGACAGGAACCAGCUCGACCCCCUCAACCACGACAGGAACCAGCUCAACCCCCUCAACCCCAACAGUAACAAGCUCGACCCCCUCAACCACAGCAACAACCAGCUCGACCCCCGCAACCACCACAGGAACCACCUCAACCCCUUCAACACUGACAGAAACCACCUCAACCCCCUCAACAACGACAGGAACCAGCUCGACCCCCUCAACCACGACAGGAACCAGCUCAACCCCCUCAACCCCAACAGUAACAAGCUCGACCCCCUCAACCACAGCAACAACCAGCUCGACCCCCGCAACCACCACAGGAACCACCUCAACCCCUUCAACACUGACAGAAACCACCUCAACCCCCUCAACAACGACAGGAACCAGCUCGACCCCCUCAACCACGACAGGAACCAGCUCAACCCCCUCAACCCCAACAGUAACAAGCUCGACCCCCUCAACCACAGCAACAACCAGCUCGACCCCCGCAACCACCACAGGAACCACCUCAACCCCUUCAACACUGACAGAAACCACCUCAACCCCCUCAACAACGACAGGAACCAGCUCGACCCCCUCAACCACGACAGGAACCAGCUCAACCCCCUCAACCCCAACAGUAACAAGCUCGACCCCCUCAACCACAGCAACAACCAGCUCGACCCCCGCAACCACCACAGGAACCACCUCAACCCCUUCAACACUGACAGAAACCACCUCAACCCCCUCAACAACGACAGGAACCAGCUCGACCCCCUCAACCACGACAGGAACCAGCUCAACCCCCUCAACCCCAACAGUAACAAGCUCGACCCCCUCAACCACAGCAACAACCAGCUCGACCCCCGCAACCACCACAGGAACCACCUCAACCCCUUCAACACUGACAGAAACCACCUCAACCCCCUCAACAACGACAGGAACCAGCUCGACCCCCUCAACCACGACAGGAACCAGCUCAACCCCCUCAACCCCAACAGUAACAAGCUCGACCCCCUCAACCACAGCAACAACCAGCUCGACCCCCGCAACCACCACAGGAACCACCUCAACCCCUUCAACACUGACAGAAACCACCUCAACCCCCUCAACAACGACAGGAACCAGCUCGACCCCCUCAACCACGACAGGAACCAGCUCAACCCCCUCAACCACCACAGGAACCAGAACCAGCUCGACCCCAUCAACCACGACAGAAACCAGCUCAACACCCUCAACAACGACAACAACCACCUCAACUCCCUCAACCACCACAGGAACCAGCUCAACCCCAAAAACCACAACAGGAACCAGCUCAACCCCCUCAACAACGACAGGAACCAGCUCGACCCCCUCAACCAUGACAGGAACCAGCUCGACCCCCUCAUCCACUACAGGAACCAGCUCGACCCCCUUAACCACAACAACAACCAGCUCAACCCCCUCAACAACGACAGGAACCAGCUCGACCCCCUCAACCACGACAGGAACCAGUUCAACCCCCUCAACCACAGCAACAACCAGCUCAACCCCCACAAUCACGAAAACAACCAGCUCAACCCCCUCAACCACCACAGGAACCAGCUGCAAGCCCCAGUGCACCUGGACCCCCUGGCUAGAUGUGGACUCACCUGAGCCUGGGCCCCAUGGUGGGGACCUGGAGACCUACAGCCACAUCCUCCAGAGGGGACACAGCAUCUGCCACCAGCCUGAGGAGGUCACAAGGCUGCAGUGCCGUGCCCAGAGCCACCCCGAGGUCCCCAUCGCCAUCCUGGGCCAGGUGGUGCAGUGCGACCGAGAUGUGGGCCUGGUGUGUCACAACCGUGACCAGCAAGGGCCCGAGGGGCUGUGCCUGGACUACGAGGUGCGUGUGCUCUGCUGCCGCAUGCCUGAUGGAUGCCCCUCAACCACAGUGACCUCCACAGUGACCUCCCACAUUGAGACCUUGUCUUCAGCCCUGUCUUCAACGGUGUCCUCCAGCUCUGUGGUCCCGUCGUCCUCCAACUGUUUCUGCCAUGUGUCUGGCCAGCUGUACCCCGCAGGGUUGACCAUAUACCACCAGAGAGACCUUGACGGCCACUGUUACCAUGCGCUGUGCAGCUGGGACUGCCAUGUGAUCAGGGGCGUGGACCCCACCUGCCCACCCCUCACCACAGCCCCCACACCAACUCCGCCCGUAACCCCGACCAGCUCCUCGGACGCCUGCCUAAAUGUGGUCCCUCAAAGAAAGAAAGACGAGACCUGGGAGAUGCCCAAUUGCUCCCAAGCCACCUGCAAGGGUGACAACAUUGUCUCCUUGAGCCCACGCCUGUGCCCGGAGCUGACACCACCAUUGUGCGCCAAUGGCUACCCGGCCCUGAAGGUGGCCGACGCAGAUGGCUGUUGCAAGCACUACCAGUGCCAGUGCGUGUGCAGCGGCUGGGGCGACCCUCACUACAUCACCUUUGACGGCACCUACUACACCUUCCUGGAUGACUGCACCUACGUGCUGGUGCAGCAGAUUGUGCCGGUGUUCGGCCACUUCCGCGUGCUGGUGGACAACGACUUCUGCGACGUGGAGGACAGGGUGUCCUGUCCACAGUCCAUCAUUGUCGAGUACCACGGGGACCGGGUGGUGCUGACCCGCAGGCUGGUCGGUGGGGCCAUGACCAACCAGAUCCUCUUCAACGGCGAGGUGGUCAGCCCCGGCUUCCAGAAGAACGGCAUUGCCGUGUCCCGUGUGGGAAUAAAGAUGUACGUGAGCAUCCGCGAGCUGGGUGUGCAGGUCAUGUUCUCAGGGCUCAUCUUCUCGGUGGAGGUGCCCUUCAGCAAGUUUGCCAACAACACCGAGGGCCAGUGUGGCACCUGCACCAAUGACAAGAAGGACGAGUGCCGGAUGCCUGGGGGAGCACUGGCUACCUCCUGCUCGGAGAUGUCCAGGCACUGGAGGGUGGACACCCCCCAGCAGGCCUUCUGCCGAGGGCCUCCCCCAACACCCACGUCUGCGCCAUUGGGCCCCUCGGCACCCACCCACCCCCAGAGCACCCUGUGUCCAUCAUCGCCCAUCUGCGAGUUGAUCUUGAGCAAGGUCUUUGAGCUCUGCCACUCUGUGAUCGAGCCACUGCCGUUCUUUGAGGGCUGUGUCUUUGACCACUGCCAUGAGACGGAGGUGGAGGUGGUGUGUUCCGGCCUGGAGCUGUAUGCCUCACUGUGCGCAGCUGAGGGCGUGUGUGUGGACUGGAGGGCUCACACUAAUGACUCAUGCCCGUUUCCCUGCCCUUCGGACAAGGUGUACCAGCCCUGUGGCCUGUCUGACCCGCCCUACUGCUAUAGGAGUGACAACGCCAGCUCCCUGGCCCUCCCUGAGGCCAGCCGCAUCACAGAAGGCUGCUUCUGCCCGGACAACCUGAAGCUUUUCAGCGACAGCGCCCUCGUCUGCGUGCCAGAAGACUGCCCCAGCUGCCCUGGGCCCCAUGGGGAGCCGGUUCAGCCGGGCCAGGUUAUCAGCAAGGACUGCCAGGAGUGUGUCUGCGACCCGCUGACAAAGUCCAUGACCUGCCAACAGAAGGCCUGCCCCCCGCCACCUGCCUGCCACACGCCUGGCUUCGUGUCAGUAUCCACUCUCCCCAGGGCAGGCCAGUGCUGUCCCCAGUACAGCUGCGUGUGCAACUCCAGCUACUGCCCCAAGCUCCAGGCCUGUCCCAGGGGCUCCCACCCGGUCCUGAUCCAUGAGGAGGGAGCCUGCUGCCCGAGCCAGAACUGCAGCUGGGUGGCGUGCAGCAUCAAUGGGACCCUCUACCAGCCUGGCGCUGUGGUGUCCUCCAGCCUGUGUGAGACCUGCCGCUGUGAGGUGCCCAGUGGCCCCAAGUGGAACAGUUUCGUGGUCAGCUGCGAGACCAAGAUCUGCAACACCCACUGCCCCAUGGGCUUCGGGUACCAGCCCCGCCAUGGGCAGUGCUGCGGCGAGUGCAUCCAGAAGGCCUGCGUUGUAGCCCUGAACGGCACUGGCGAGCCGGCCCACCUUCUCAAUCCUGGCGAGUCCUGGUCCGACCCUGGCAACCCCUGUGUGCAGCACACGUGUGAGCGGUUUCAAGACCAGCUGGAGGUGGUGACAGUGAAGAGGGAGUGUCCCCCUCUCAGCUGUCCUCGGGCCCAGGCCCAGCUGAGCCAGGAUGGCUGCUGCCUCCUCUGUCCACAAGUGCCGACUGUGCAGCCCCAAGAAUGGCCCUGCACCCUGCGCCACCGCGAGCAAGUCCUCCAGCACCAAAACUGCAGCUCUGCCACGCCUGUGCGCCUCGCCUACUGUGAGGGCAUCUGUGGGGAGAGCACCUCCAAGUACUCCCUGGAGGCCAACGCUGUGGAGCACAGGUGCCGCUGCUGCCAGGAGCAGCGGACCUCGAGCAGGACGGUGACGCUGCGCUGUGCGGACGGCUCCACCCGGGCCUUCAGCUAUACCCAGGUGGAGGAGUGUGGCUGCCAGGGCCUGCAGUGCCAAGCGCCCACAUCACGGGAGGCAGAGUCCGGGGAGAGCCAGGAUCAGGGGCCCAGGCCUCCCCAGUGACACCCUCACGUCCUCUGGCCCUCGCUCCUGCCUGGCCUCACCCCCGCCCACUCCUCUUGGCCAUGGCCUCCCUGAGAGGAGGUGGACUCAGCGCCAGAACAAGCUCCGGGGCUCAGGAGCUCGGCGCAGCCCCUUGGCCGGCUC